AUGUACAACGGUAUCGGAUUAACCACUCCCCGGGGAAGCGGCACAAAUGGCUAUGUUAUGCGUAAUCUCUCGGCACUGCGUGUGCACGAGACUGCCGCAGACCGAGCUGCUGCCUGGGACGUAGCUCCCCCAAAGCACAGGGAACCGGACGAAGCUAUUUUGGAACACGAGAGAAAAAGAAAGGUUGAAGUCAAAUGUCUGGAGCUGCAACUACAGCUAGAGGACGACGGUCUGGAUGAAGCAACAAUCGAAACGAGAGUUGAUGAACUUCGCACAACUUUGAACAAGGAUUUGGCGUCACUCGCUCCAUCCGCAAAAAAAUUGAAGCCAUCUGAUACGCAUGGUAUCGCAGCUGCCAAAAAGGCUGAACUCGACAAAAUGGCCCGAGCACUGGGCACGAGAAGUAACUACACAGAGGGUGAUGCAUUCGACCGAGAGAAGCAGGAAGAAAACAAGAUGCGUCGUAUGGUCGAGCGGGAGGAGCGCGAGAGGAAACGUGAGGAAGACAAGUCGAAAUGGUUAGAGCAGAAGCAGAAGUGGGAGGCGGAUAAGAGAGAACGCGAUCGCUUGCGUCGGAGGGAAGAAGAUAGGAUAAGGAGA